UUUGAAAUUAGAUUAGUAUAAAAGAUUCAUAUUUUUAUUGAAAAUACAUCAGAUACUAUGGCUAAUUUCAUUGCAUUGGUAUCCGUGUUCCUCCUGACUGUGUGUCUAGGAUCACUGGUUGAGGGACUCCAGUAUAAACCUUUCCCAGUGAGAACUAUUCCCGUUACUGCUGAACUAAAAGCUGAAUUUGGAAAACUGAACAGAUACUGCUCAAGCUACGGUGGCUCCUACAGCUACUACAGACCUACCUACUCCUCCUAUCCUAGCUAUUCUACUGGAAGUGGAUUCAAUCUCGCCAGCUUAUUGGGACCAUUGGUAGCUGGAGCCCUAGGUUUUGCAGCUGCUUCAGCUUUAACCGGUGCUUUAGCUGGUACUGCUACACCUGCUCCAGUUACUAUUACUGGAAAAUAAUUACAACAAACAAUUACAACAAUUACAACAAUAAUGUUACAGAAAUUUUUUGCUUUAAAAUCACAAUGAUAAAUAUAUGUUAAAAUUGAAUACCUAA